CGUACAAAGUGAAGCCACAUUGCCAAACUUGCAGCCGCGAUUGCAGCAGUGGCUGCCGCUGCGCCGCACGGGCCGGGCCGAGGGCGCCUGCAGCUGCUCGCGCGCAGCCGGGGGCUGAGGACCUGGACCCGCGGGCUGAGACUUGACACUUCUGCGCUGGGCCGCCUGCCACUUAGCGUGGGGCUCCCUCUACCCGCCCCAGAGCCACGCGAUUAAAAAAAAAAAAUCAGCCCUUAGCCCCCUCCUCCCCUUUCCUGCUUCUGCGAGAACUCCCUCCCUCCCUCCAGCUCCGCCGGCCCCGGCGCCCCUGCCCUGGAAGCCGAGCGGCUCCGCUCGCAUUUCGCCGCCGCCGCCUCUCGCAGUAUUGCAAUAUAGGGGAGAAGCAGACCAUGGUGAACCCGGGCAGCAGCUCGCAGCCGCCCCCGGUGACGGCCGGCUCCCUCUCUUGGAAGCGCUGCGCAGGCUGCGGGGGCAAGAUUGCGGACCGCUUUCUGCUCUAUGCCAUGGACAGCUACUGGCACAGCCGCUGCCUCAAGUGCUCCUGCUGCCAGGCGCAGCUGGGCGACAUCGGCACGUCCUGUUACACCAAGAGCGGCAUGAUCCUCUGCAGAAAUGACUACAUUAGGUUAUUUGGGAAUAGCGGUGCUUGCAGCGCCUGCGGACAGUCGAUUCCUGCUAGUGAACUCGUCAUGAGGGCUCAAGGCAACGUGUAUCAUCUCAAGUGUUUUACCUGCUCUACCUGCCGGAAUCGCCUGGUCCCGGGAGAUCGGUUCCACUACAUCAAUGGCAGUUUAUUUUGUGAACAUGAUAGACCCACAGCUCUCAUCAAUGGCCAUUUGAAUUCACUUCAGAGCAAUCCACUACUGCCAGACCAGAAGGUCUGCUGAAAGGUCAGAGUGAUGCAGAGUGCGUGCCUUCAUCUCAGAUUCUGUUCAUCGCAGGUGGAUCACCUUUGUAGCCAGCACCAGUGCCAGCUCCAUGCCAUCGCACCUUCUUUAGGCUUGAGUGCCCUUCCUGCAUUUAUUGGUGUAUUAAAAUGACUGAAUAUGGACAUUAAGGACUCCAUGAACCUGGGCUAAUGGGAGACGGUAGCGGAAAUGAAAAAAAGAUCCACGGAAGGACAUCUUGGGGAG